CUGCGCCAUGGAGAAGGCCGGCUCGCUGCACGCGUCGGUGCCCACGCCGCCGCCGCGCCUCUACCUGCCGCGCAACUUCAGCUGCAGCGCCUGCCUCUACGGCAGCCUGGCCGACCAGUGCAAGGGAGGCUGCAGCCCGGAGCCCGAGGCCGUCGAAGCGCCCGCGGAACAGCCGUCGCCGCCGCCCUCCCCGCCGGUGACCCGCGAGGCGGCCAAGAAGCCGCCGCCGCCGCCGCCCUCCGCGCCUCGCUCGCCCUCGCCGCCGCCCGCCUCGCCGCCGCCGCCGUGCCGCGGCAGGGAGCCCACGCUGCCGUCGGUGCCCCCCAGCCCGACCCUGCGCCGGAGGGCCAAGUCGCUGCCGACCCCCGGCGAGCGGGGCCUGAGGCCGGCCUUGCAGCAAAGCCCGUCGCGCCGCAAGACGGUGCGCUUCGCUGACUCGCUGGGCCUGGAGCUCACCGCCGUGCGCCACUUCUGCCAGGCCGACGUGCCGCGGGUGCCGCCGCCGCUGCCGCUGCCGGCCUCGCCCCACCCGCGCGCCGGGCCGGGCGCCGCCGCCUCCUCGUCCUCCUCCUCGCCGUCCUCGUCAGCCGCCGCCGACCUGCUCAAGACGCGCAAGCCGCCGGCGCUGGGCGAGCUGGAGCCGGUGCUGUUCGGGCCGCCGGCGCCCGUGCUGGAGCCGCUCUUCCCGCCGCAGCCGGGCUCGAGCGCGGGCUUCGGCGAGCGCGUGCGGCAGCACAAGGUGAAGCUGGAGUGGGUGCGGCCCGAGGCGGCGGGCUUGCGCGGCGCCGUGCGCGUCCUCAACGUGGCCUACGAGAAGAGCGUCUCGGUGCGCUACACGCUCAACCGCUGGGCCAGCUGCAACGAGGUGCCGGCCGCCUACCAGCCCCCGCCGCCGCCGGCCGGCCACCCCGCGCCCGCCCUCACCGACCGCUUCGCCUUCCACCUGCCCGUGGGCGCGGGCACCACGCUGCUCGAGUUCGCCGUGCGCUACCGCGUGGCCGACGCCGAGUACUGGGACAACAACGACGGCCACAACUACAAGCUGCGAGGCAGGCAGCGGCCCGCGGGGGCAUCUGGCCACGAGCCCGGCGGCGGAGGCGCCUGGAUCCACUUCAUUUGA